AUGCUCGCUUCGCCAGGACCCAGGCCAUUAAAGCACGGAUGGGUUCUUAAAAAAGGGAAAACGGGAUUUAUUACCCAUUGGCGACUAAAGUACCUCGUUCUACUUGCCUCAGACGAGAAUGAUGCCCGGUUACAGAUUUUUGACCAGGUGGAUCAGUCUCGGCCGCCCAAGCAUGAAAUAUGGCUAAGGGAUGCAAGUGUGGCCGUCUGGGACGGGAGUGGUGCAAAAAAGGGAUCUGCGCCUUUUGUCGUGGUAGAUCGGAAACGAAAGUUUUACUUUGCAGCCCAAACCAAAGGAGAACGUGAUGACUGGCUCGCCAUCCUUCAACCUAGUAUGGAUGCACCCCUUCCGACAGCUAAACCAACUCAUCACCGCCGAGCCACGAUCACCAGCCGUACAUUCAGUCCAACAUCCUCUCCCCCGCUACGCCGAUCAAACUCCGCACACCGGUACCGAACCUGGAGUCGAAGGGGAGAUGACGAUACUAUGUCUACCUGGUCAGGAAUGGACAGGGACUCGGAUGCUGUAUCGGUUUAUUCGGUAAUGACAUCAAAAGGGGAUGAGCGGUGCAGUAGUGUUGCGAGUUCGCGGGUGGAAACACUGUCAUUCUGCUCUGAACCAGUUCUGACUCCGCAAGAAUUGACCUUAAUGGGAAACAGCAGUAACGGGACUGGAAGCUACAGACACGAAGACGGGUUCACUUUUCGGGAUACUCUACGUCGUCGCCGUGCCCCCGUGGUACAUCCAGAUCCGUUCCGUACUAGUCAAGGAGGUGGCUCCGGGGAACCAUGGAAUGAACGUUACCAAACUCUGCUCUCGAUUCGUCCUGAUAGUGAGGAAGCCGCUCUGCGACAAGACGUCCAACUUCAGGAGCUAAUUGGACAAUUCCAAGAGACUGCUCAGCAAAUGGCCCAAAGGAUGAUCGACGAGUACCAUCUUACCUCAACCCCUGCCAUAAAACAACGGACUCAAACACCCAGUCUGAACGGUCGGCCCAUGUCUCCUAGUCUUACUGAAAUCAAUUAUGAUGGGGAGGACGGACAUCAAGUCAAAGGAAGUGAUGGUACCGUCGUCCAGGAUGGUAUCGUGUUUCGCUUUGCAUGUAACUACGAUGAUGCAACUCCAUCCCAAGUGGAAGAUGCUCUAUCGCGGACAUCUAACGAGCUCCGUGCCAUAAACGCAUCCACACGAGCAUCUUUCAUGAACAGCGCUAGUCCCAGUCAUUUGCACACGGUAUUGAUGGUUCUUAUUGAUUAUAAAGGAUUUAGAGUUGUUGCAUAUGCAGAUAUGGGAUUGCAGGGGCAGGCAUUGCAGGUCCAUGAUUUGCAACGGGACCCACCUCGGACAGAUGAAAGGGCUUCGGAGCGAUUGAUGGCAGUUGGGAAGGCAUUAAACUUGAAACCCCACACUGUGCAAAUUGGAGAGGAGAGGAGAGUGAUGGUGCAUAUGGCCGCUGGGGUUGAGGUUCACUUUGACCCUCCGUCAAAACUCUUUUAUGCCUCGAACCUUCACGCCCUGCUUCCCAUGGACCACUCACCUCAUAACAAAAUCGACCCAGGCCCUCAUCGCCGCCUCCGUCCCGAAUUCCUUGCCAACUACCCACAUCCUCUUACUUCCGAUGCUUUUACCAAGCAAUCGGGCGGCCCUCGGCAUGAACGAGAAGCAAACGAUGCUGAAGUCAUGCGGGCUUCAAAGUAUUUGCAGGAGAUCUGGAUCCCUUCUUUUGUGUCUAGAUUGGAUUCGUUGGAGGUUCGGCCAGUGGAUUCAAGGGGAUUAGUGGGCGAAAUGCAUUGCUCUGGAGUUAAUGUUCGGUAUUUGGGCCAUAUCUCUCGCCUUUCUACCCUCCCGUAUAUUCGCGAUAUGGCCCAUACCGAAAUGGUUGCACGAGCCUUCAAAUCCUUGUUCCGCACAAGACUACGGACCGCAAUAUUGCAUUUCAGAUCUGUAGGUGCUACAGUUAUUGAUGAGGAGAUGAGGACGUAUGCGGUUGGAAUGUUUGGAGUCGCCUUGGGAUCCGGUGAGAAGAGGAAAAAGUUUUUUGAGGACAAGCUCCGAGAUGAGAUUGUACGGAAAUACGGCUUUGAUAUGAGUUACGGGCAGUUUGCAGGUUUGCCUAAGCCAGCCUUAUUUUUGGCCAUGCAGUAUCACUGCGGUCUCGCUUUUGAGGAUUCCACCGACUACAAUUUCGAUUCACCGAAUCCUAUUCCCCGCAACCGCCUUCUCCAUUUUCAACCAAAAGUUAAACAACCCGCUGGCCUAGCCCAUCUCCUUUCACCCAGCCAAAAGGUUCCGGAAGACGAAAGGCUGGCCUAUCAUCUAGCGCGACACAUCAAAUCACUCGGCCCAAGUUCAAAACUCGCCCGUCUCGAUACCAGCAGCGCCGCAUUGUGCACCGUUGCGGCGCACUACAAUGCCACAGGUCGCUAUGAGGAAGCGCGACUAUACGCCCAAGCCGCUGUAUCAGCAUCCACUGGUAACUCGUGCCUAGCCGGAUUAGCCAUGGGACAGCUCAUUGAGGCUGUCUGUGGGACCAUAUUUGAUGAGACGCAGAUGACUUCACUGUAUCAACAGGCUGUAGAGAUUGUUACCUGGGCAUGUGGAAUUGAUCAUCCGGUAUUGAUGGCGUUGCAUGAUAGGGUUGCUGGAGUAUAUGCGGGGAAUGAGAGGUGGGAAGAUGCAUUGGAAUAUUACGGGAGAAGUCUAGGCAUUGCAGAAAAAGCUCUGGGGAAGAAUCAUCUUGUUACGGCUGGGUACUUGGUCAAGAUUGGUAUCAUUCAUCACACUAUCCAAAAUCCGGUGAUCGCCAUCCAACGCUUUACCGAGGCCCUACACCUUUAUCAGGGACUGAAUGCCCCAUUGCCAUUGCUGGCCCACCUUCACCACCACUUUGCACAACCCCUAGCAGAGCGGGGCGAUUUAGAUACUGCCAUCAUGCACGCGCAAAGGGCGCGUAAGAUGUACGAAAAAUGCUUGGGGCAGGCAGACCCCCGAACCGUAGAGACUUAUCGGCAGGUCGCAAAGCUUGUUUUAACUCCGUAUGCAGAAUACGAGGGUGUUCUGACACCUGUUAUUCGAGCGGCUUAUAAAGAGGCGAUUGGUUGUUAUGAAAAGAUUUUUAGAUACGUAAAGGGAUCUCGUAGUGGGAAGGAAUCCGCCUCAUUGUUGUUGCCUCUCGGCACACAUUCGAGCAAUUCCGCCAAGCACCCACCAUCACCCCCUCUUCUUGGCACUACGUCCCAUCCAACACCUAUAACCGGCCCACUCAUCCAACCUCAUCAAAUCCCACUCCCGACACAUCCCCGCAGCCUGCUUCACAAACUUACGCGCCAAAUUAUUUCACUAAAACUGCGUCUUGUGGAUUCCCCUCAACAUCGGGAAGUCGUCCGUACCCUGCGCGCCGCAAAUGUGGACAAGAACCUCGAGGCACAAGAGGCCAGAGCGGUUGUAUUGAGGCUGGCAGCCGUUAGUCCGAGUGUUUACCUGGACGGAGUGCUGGCCAGAAUUGAAGAAGAAGAUGCGAGUGCUGUUGAAGAGCUGGGUGUUGUGCUGAUGCUGACGGAAGGGGAAGUCGUUGGGUUAGCGGGGUGAUGAAGAUAAUUUGUUGGAAGGAAGCGGCGGAAGUAACCUGGGCCUCAGCAGGAUUGAGACCAAACGGGACAGAAAGUCAACUUUUUGAAGAAAUAUAGAGCGAAAAUUGAUGGGAAUUCUUAAUGAAUAUUAGAUGUAAAGCGGAUAGGAAAGUAGAAAGCUUGUAAAACGGGGUUAAUUGCCCAUAGCGAUAAUUACAUAAAAUCACUACUCAACCU